AUGAGUUCAACAUCAGAAAUACUUACUCCACAGGUGGAACUACUUCAGAUAUGUCGACGAGUUACGGAGGGACAGCUAGCUCCAGAUGCUGCAUGCAACAUGAUUCGGACACUUAUGAAAACGAUUGAUAAUAUUCCUAGUUUGCUGGUGGAUGUUUUGGCAAUUGUGGAUCUGGAAUUGAGCACGGAGAAGAAGAGUGAAGAAUUUCGUAAAUGUUUCUUGGAAUUGUUGUCACAUCUGUCUGACCGGAUUGUUGCUGAUGAUGUAUUAAAAUGUGAGUUGGAUAUACUGGGUGCCAACGAGCAAGCAACACGAUCACGAGUUGUAAAAACAAAAACUAGGCUUUUUUUCAAGCAAGUGAAAUUCAAUUUACUACGUGAGGAAAGCGAAGGUUAUGCGAAGCUUAUAGCAGAGCUUCUUGAUAAUCCUUCCCUCAGUGUAUCAAAGGCCUUAAGUCGACUUUAUCAUUUAAUUGGACAAUUUAAUUUGGAUCCGAACCGAGUGAUUGACAUCAUUCUUGAGUGUUUUGAAUCAGCACUGGAGCGUCGCAAGUUUUUUAUCGAUUUGUUAACUGAAUUCAAAGCGACUGGUGAUGAUAUAUGCAGCAUUCUAGGAUUCAAAUUUACUUUUUAUCAGUUUCAGCGUUCCGGUAGUACUCCUGCAUCACUUUACAGAGUAGCAGCUGCUUUGUGUGACGAAAGAGUUAUCGAUUUGUUGUCGCUAUGCACAUUUUUGUCUCCAAAACUGGAAGAUAUGAUGAACGAUCACAAAAGUCGUGUUGAGCGAGAUGGAAAACGAGCUAAAAAGAAUGAAACCAUCUCUACUGGUAUGGUAUCAGUAGAUUCACGAGUUCCUUCGGCAGCGACAGCUGGAUAUGUGGACGAUAAUGCUACCAUUGCGGGCGUAUCAUUUGCUUCCGUAUUGGCGGUACAGAAUGCCGAUGAUGUAAAACAAAUCGAUGAAAAAGACAAUGAUGAUGCUAUACUUGCAAAAAAUCAGAAGCUUGGUUUGACGUUUGCCUUGCUAGAAGGAGGUGCUUGGCAAUUUGCGAAACAGAUGCUCGACAGAUUCCCUGAAUUCUAUGCUGUCAAUGCCUCGCGUUCUAUAGCUCUCUCUAUUGCGGAUCUAUUGGAACGAUCUACUGAUGACUUCUACCAAGAAAAGUCCAGAUUUGCUUUGGGUGACACCGGUACAUUCAAUCUAAGUUCAUCAUUAGCCCAAACUCAUUCUCUCGAGAUCGUUGGUAGUUGGUCAGAGUUGGUCUCCGUUGUUCUUCCUGUUUUGGCAUAUGUUGGUCCGCAUAUUGCUUAUCGGCCCAAAGCAGCUAUAAAACUGGUGCGGUUGAUGGCAUUAUUUUUUGAAGAAAGAGAAAAAGAUCCUGCUUGGGCGCAAACUUUCCAAAACGACAGUGAUUCAGUAUGCAAUGCGCUCAUUGAUGCAGUCGAUGAAACUCUAGUACCAGCAUUAUCCUUAGCAAAUGGCAAUUUCGCAUAUUCACAAGAGUUGUGGAAAUUACUCAGCCAUUUACCAUAUACAGUACGAUAUCGAUCAUAUGCACGAUGGAAAACAGUGCAUACCAUGCGUCAUCCUCAGAUUAACAUUUCUCGAGGAAGUACUUUUGGCAUGACGAGAUAUGUACUAAAACGUUUAUCAAAGGAAACGGUACGCAUGAUGGGCCGUCAGUUAGGAAAGUUAUGCCACGUACAUCCUGCAGUUGUUUUCGAUUAUAUUUUGGAUCAGAUUCAAACAUUCGAAAAUCUUAUUGAUCCUGUGGUUGAAUCAAUACGUUUCCUCAGUGAUCUGGAAUUUGACGUGCUCUCCUUUUGUAUCAUCGAACAUUUGGCAGCUCCGGAUAAACAGCAACUUAAGGCAUCAGAUGGAUCUCUUUCUCCGUGGUUACAAUCGCUUGCCACUUUUGUUGGAAAUGUAUUUCUGAAAUACAACAUCGAGUUAACAGGAGUUUUACAAUACGUAGCAAAUCAGCUGAAAAACAACAAAAGCUUCGACUUACUGGUCCUGCGUGAAAUUAUACAGAAUAUGUCCGGCAUUGAAUCUACGACAGGAUUAACAGCAGAUCAAUUGGAAGCACUUGCUGGGGGUGAUACUCUGAGGCAGGAGGCAGGUUCAUUUUCAACGGUUCGUACAAACAGACGUGCUAUAUUACGUCUUCGUGAUGCACUGUUCAAGGAACAUCUCAUCGUAGGUCUAUCUAUACUAACUGCUCAGCAACGUCAAUGUAUAGUGUAUUCCGAAUCACCAGAUAUACCUCUCAAGCUUGCUGGUCAAAUGCUCGAUCAGUGUCAAGAAACUUUGAUCCAAUUUGGUUCCUUUUUGCGUACAAAUGUACGACAAGAAGAUUACUGUAAUCGGAUGCCCUUUGUUUGGGAACUCGUCGGUCGCUUUCAUCUUCCCGUGGAUGCAGCUUUUUUCAUCUCAAGACCAACCUUCAUGCACCGUGUCUAUAAUAAUUUCGAUAAAAGUCGCAAGUCGCUUCGCGAAUCGGACGGAAGCAAAAUGAAAUUGGACUCUAAUCGCAAGUCAGCUUUGUUUCGAACCGCUUUCGAUGAAAUGAUUGGAGAAUUAGAGUCAAACCUUCGACCUCUAUUGCCUGACUUCAUUUGGGCAGACAUUUCAUCCAAGAUAUUUACAAUAUUUUGGGUUCUAUCCAUGUAUGAUAUUUCUGUCCCGAAAAGCACCUACGAACGAGAAUUGCAGCGUGUUCGCAGAUCCUUGUCUCUUGUUGCUGAAAAUGCUGAGAUUAGUAAAACAAAAAGAGCAAAAGAAGAAGAACAAUUGCGUAACGUGGAAAAGAAACUAACCGAUGAAUUGAAAAAACAGAAUGAUCAUGUGGAACGCAUCUUAAAUAUUUUGAGACAUGACAAGGAAUUAUUGUUUGCUGAUUGUAGCCCAAAGCUUCGCGGUACACAAAUGGCACGCUUUUUACAGCAUUGUAUUUUACCGCGUGCGGUCUUUACUGAUAUGGAUGCUGCAUUCUGCGCUCACUUCAUUCUUUUACUUCAUCAGCAACGAACUGGUUUCUUCCAAACUGUCUUUUUCUUUGAUAAGUUAUUCAACGACAUUGGUGCUAUAUUGGCUACGCUAACCGAGAAUGAAGCGAAUUGUUUCGGACGAUUUCUAGCACUUGUGCUUGAAACUGUGCAACAUUGGCAUGGUGACAAGACGGUUUUCGAUAAGGAAUGUUAUCGCUUCCCCGGCUUCAUGACUAAAUUGCACGUGAGAAAUCCAGAAGCGACGAAUACCGAAAGUGUUAGUGAUGGGAUGAAUUACGAAUCGUACAGAACUCUCUGUCACAAAUGGCAGUACAGGAUGACUCGGUCAUGUCUCGGGAUUUUGGACAGUUCAAACUAUGUAAUGAUGAGGAAUUGUUUAAUUGUCAUGAUUAAGAUGUUGGCAUAUUUUCCGUUAAUUGAAAACCAUAUUGCAAAUAUUGAGAAGACUGUGAACAAAGUGCAUGAUAUGGAAAAAGGUCGCAGAGAUGAUCUCUCUCUGAUGGCUGCCUCCUACGCAGGUCAUUUACGAAUGCGCAAAGCACAUACAUAUACCGAAUCACAGUUCCAUAAUCGGCUAACUGAUGUAACAAAGAAGACUACACGUGUAGGUGCAACAAGAAGUGCAAAUGCAAAUACAAAUGUAAAAGCUGCAACAAAAAGUUCAGCGAUGGAAAUUACUGAGUUAAGCAAACAGAAAAAUCUGGCAGAGGGAAAUGCUGCUGAACUUCGAAAACCAACAAACGGAGCAGCAGAACUACGUAAAACUCUGGUUACAGUAGAUGAAAAACGAAAACCUUUGGAGCCGCUGCCUGCUGAACUCAUAGCGAAAAAAAAACUAAAAGUUUCCGAUGGAGAGGAUCGGCCGCAAAUUCAAGCCCAGAGGGGUAAUGAAGAAUCGCAAUUACGUCGUAACGAAAUUAGAAAAGAAGGACACCGGGAAAAAGAAGAGUUAAAAAUGGAAGAAGGUGAAGUGGGUUCACCACCACCAAAUUCUCACUCCGAAGCUCUUCUAUCUCACAAAAAAACCAGAAGUAAUAAAGGAGUGGAAGACGAAGCACCGAGAAGGGAAAAAGAGAGAAUGAGAACAGAAGACAAAAGGGAACGUAAACGGGAGUCUAUUACAUCAACACUGACCCGUGGAAAAGUAAAGACUCCAGACGAUCAUCUAAAAACGCGAGAGAGAACAUGGAAGCGACCUGCGGAACCGACUGACAGUGACGUAAAUGUAAAAAUAGCACGGAAUGAGGGUAGCAGUGGCUCGGAUAGAAGCGCGGAAUCGAAAGGCACGAAGUCCUCUGAAGCAUCACCAUCCACUCGUACAACGCGACACAGACGUGAUCCACAUCGGACGUAA